AUGGCAUCGAAAUACGAGGCCGUUCACGAAUUCUCUGGAGUCCGUCUUCCCCUUCAGCCAUACACUGGAAGCCAUGCCGUUUUUAUGUAUUCCACAGCUUCGGACGGUAACGUCACGUUGCAGCUCAAAGAGCCCGAUGAUCUCGACAGGAAUAGCCUGGCGGUCAUGCUGGCACGAUUACAAGAAGACUCUUCGUUUUCCAUCUACACCCAGGACACGGAUAUUCUGUCGGAUGGAGGUAUCGACGUUCUGCUCGGUCCGGGCAGCUCUGGAGAAAAUUCCGGCAAUGAUACCGUGACUGCAUCUUUUGAUUUUUUCGAUUCAUCCAGUGCCCACGAUUUAACGCUAUCACCCCAAACACUUUCUAACACUACAGAGGCCUUAAUCAAUGACAAUUCGGACAGUUUAGGACUCCCAGCAGAUAACGACACUGUAUCGACGACAACAAAGGAUGAUGGAAAGCCAGGCCGGAGUUCACCGGAUUUGAAAGGGAAAAGGCCUAAAACCAAACCAACUUCGCCAAACAGACAGGGUCCUCAACAAUGCACGGUGUGUUCGAAGGUGUUUGGAAACGCAUCAGCUUUGGCAAAACAUAAGCUCACUCAUAGCGACGAAAGGAAAUACAUUUGCACCGUGUGUAAUAAAGCUUUCAAAAGACAAGAUCAUUUAAAUGGUCACAUGCUUACUCAUCGCAAUAAAAAGCCCUACGAAUGCAAAGCAGACGGUUGUGGAAAGAGUUAUUGCGAUGCCAGAUCUCUAAGAAGGCACACGGAAAAUCAUCAUGUGCCUCCUUCAACGUCGAGCAGCUCGACCACCAUGUCCCCAGCUCAAGGAGCUGCAGCUGGAGAUGCAGCUUCACCUCAUGGGAGCAGCUGCAUCCAGUACGCUCCGCCUCCAACAGGCUCGCCUCCAGUCAAAGAUAGCAGCAAAGAAGGGAAAAGUCAGUUGCAGCAGCUUUUGUCGACUGAACCCGCUAAGUGUGCCGGAAGAAGUAACGACGGGUUAACGAAAGAACAGCUGGAUCUCAUCCAUCAAAUCAUGGAGCAAACGCAAAGACAGAACCAAGUAGUUUCGUCGCCAUCCUCCACAAAACCAUCGCCAAAGAAAAAGUCGCGAAGCAAAGAAAAAACGGUGGCAGCAGCGUCGUCUACCUCAUGGUCGCCAAGUUCGCAGCAGCAACAAUGCAUGCAGGUGAAAACGAUUUCAUCGGGGGCUUCGAGUCCUCAAAGUAAAGUUACCACAACAACCCCGUCUAUGCCUUCGCCCACUGCCCAGGACAAGCAGCCCAUCCUCAAGCCAGUGGAAUGCAAUUUAUGCAAGAGAAGGUUUAAGAAUAUUCCUGCUCUGAAUGGACACAUGAGGUUGCAUGGAGGCUACUUCAAAAAGGUGGCUAAAUUGCACGACAAAACUAAUAUCUCCAUUGAACAGGUAAUUUCAUUGAGCGAAAAAAUCGUCGAAUUUGACGAGGAUCCAGAUACGAAAAAACUGGAUAAAAAAGAGCAAACUGGACCGCCGCUCCAAACCGCCAGCAGCAGCGUGCGGGCUUUGAUCGAGGAAAAAAUAAUCAACAAACGAAAUUCAUCGCCCAGCACCCGACAUGUCGAAGCGAUCAGCCAUACGACAUCGGCUACACAAGUCGAUAUGGAUCACAAGCACACUUCGUUCGUUGUUCCAGCUCCACCGCAUCUGGUCCUCGAUAAACACCGUAGACAUUCCGAUGCGGAGGCAUUGAAGUCCUCCAAAUCCUAUCAAGAAGCUCAAGCGAUCGCUGACCUUAUUGUGAAAAGGGAAAAAAUCUGUGUUAAACGUACUACCUCCGAUCCAGGUCAGGCCGCGCAUUUGUUGCAGUACCGCUCAGAUUCAUUCUCGCUGGAUAACGUGGAAAUAUAUCAAGACGAGCGGCAGUUUGUAACUCCUAGUUUAGAGGACGAGGUUUUCUCGAACAACACUAUGAUGAUUCAGGGUGUUGAUCCGAGUCAUUUGUCUCAAAUAUCAUUCCAGUCAGAAUCACUAGACGACAAUCUGUUAAUUAAGGAUGACAACUUGCUGACCAUCAAGGAGGAGGGCCUUUUGGAUAUGAAGAAUGAAGGGGAUGAGGAUCUUCAGGAACUGAGUCUGGAUGAUAUUGCAAGUUUACAUGAAGAGCCCAUGACAAUCUCGCAGCAGUCUAUUCAAAUCCCCGUCAAUCAGGAGCUGCAAGCUGUGCUGAACUCCCCGUUACCUGAAAGCCUGGCGGAGUUCAGCACCUACCAUUCGUCUAAGAAUCUGGAAAUUCAAUCUCCUGGUUACCCGACCCAUUCGCCGGGUGCCUAUGCAAGAUCACCGCACACUUUUACUACUCAGUCGCCUCUCCAAAGUCCCAUGAUCAGGCACGACUCUCCAGGCUUCGCCUAUCCAACCCCUCCAGCUAGCCAUGAAGGUCAGAGUCCAUGCUUUGGACAAAACAUGAACGUCUCCAUGGUGUCGCCCAAUGAUGACUUUGGGCAGAUGGUCGAAAGAGGCAUCGACGAACCACCGCAGGCUUCUUCGCCUCUAUCUGCGGCAUUCUACACCAGCACAAUGUCCAGCUCGGCGGCAGUUGAAGAAGCAAUCCAGGAAAUCCUGCCUGGCGAAAGUAUAAAUGAGGACAACCUUUAUCCGCUUUCCAAUACUCCACCUUCGCAGUCUGAAAACGAUUCGUUAGGGCUCACUCCUGUGCCGUCUCCAAGAGUGACUACAUCAAUGCCUUCUCCUCAUCCUUCUAAUACAUACAGUUCCUCACCAAAGGCUUCUAGUCAAGCAUCUGCCUUACCGCAAUGGGGAUCUGGAACUUCCGCCACCUUAAUGCUUCCAAAUUCCGAGGAUCCGCUUCUCUCGAGCCAACCGAAGGACUUUGUGUUGAAAAAGCGCAUCCAAUUGAACGGCGUUCCAGUAAGACUGUUGAGUAACAACGGACUGAUCGAAUUGAAUGGGGGAAAUUUCACGGGACUGUUGGUGGACGCCAAUGGUGAGCUGAAGCUGAUUCAGACCAGCAGUUCCGGCUGUGCAACGAAAAACUUCGUCCUGUCCAACGCCCAGCUGGUUACGACCAGUAGCCAGGAAAUUGGAACCAAAGAUGGUAGAGUUAAAGUGCAAAAGCUCACUCUGGCGAAAGCUGUACCGAAUCAAACGUCAACGAAAAUUAUCACUACUAAUAGGUGUAAAAUUGUGAAUGAAGCGAGGAGGGAAGAAUGCAACGAUGUGUUUCUCAGUCCAACAACGAUUCCAACUAGUAGCCCAAUAAAACAAGCGCGAAAAAGACUACGCACCGAACCACUCCAACUCCCAGUAUUCCACCAAUCCAAGCUACGCACAACCAGAAGUAAACCUCAAGGAUCAACGCGGUUUACUCCUCAGCCAAUUUUGAAUCCCCAACGACCCGGAUCGGGCUUGUAUGCGAAUAUAAAGUACAAAUUCGGUGAGGAUGGUUCCACUUGGGGCGACCCCAUUCCAGAAACCGAUUCAACUCCUCACAUAAAUAUUGGCCCUCAAAAUCAAUGCACAAUCCCCACUUAUACGUCAGUGCCGAAACGGAUGAGCCCGCAACCGGUUUAUGAAGACCUGCUGUGGGAUCCAGGAAUCAGCAGCUGUACUGACUCAGAAGUCGAUAUGUAUCUGGAGUUCGCAUGCUGUGCCGCCAUCCCGGGCGGAGGGCGAAACAAAGAAUAUGCCAUGCAUCUUCUUCAUAUGUGUGGUGGGAAUAUACAUGAUGCAAUGCUUCGAUUGAUGCAGCCAUCCCCGCAUCUACCAGCUGACCAUCCGCUACUGGCCUAUUCAUAUAGUGAGAGUGACAAGUGGACAUCUGCUGAAACUGAACUAUUCCAUAGAUGCCUGCUGAAGUUCGACAAAGAUUUUAUUAGAAUAGCUGAAGAGAUCAAGUCGAAAUCGGUGAAACAGUGCAUCCAGUUUUACUAUGUUUGGAAAAAAGUGUGUUCGGAUGAGUACAGUCGGCUGAAAGCGCUGCGGCAAAUGAAGCGGAAUCACCGGAACGUGUCGGAUAGCGACGACAAGCCCUAUCCGGAUGUUAAAUUGCUAGGGAUUGCUGAUAGUGAAUCUCCCAUGAGGAAUUUCCUUUGCGAAUAUCCAGAUUGUUCAGCUAGUUUCAACUCGAGAGCGGCCCUGAAUGGUCACAUCCGGAUCCAUGGUGGGACGGCACGAAACUCGCCUACGCCCACCGUUUCCGAUAGACGAAACGCGACGUCGGCGUCGUUUUCGGUAUCGACGACGAUUUGUCAUCCCGAUUCCACCGACCAAGAGUACCCUUGUAAGAUUUGCGGGAAAGUGUUUUCAAAAAUCAAGAGCCGUAGCGCCCAUAUGAAGUCGCAUAGGCCGCCCGACGCCGAACCCUCAAAGCGUCGCAAUAGUGAACUUAAAGAGCAUAGAGAACAUAAGGAAUCCAAGGACCUUUCUUCAAGCUAUGAACCUUCCGUGCCAAGCCCUUUUAGUUUGUAGUACUUUCAUUGUAACUAGUUUAGAAUUCAAAUUACUAAAUGGCUCAGUUGACGCAGAUGACCAAGCACGGACUUCUUGAAUAUGUGUGGACGUCUGAAUCAACGUGAGAAUUGUAAGGAAAUCAAAACAUGGUCACGGGCAAUCAAAAUAAAGCAACAAAAUGAGUCAGAUCGAAACAAAACACUGCACGAUUUUAUAAAAAAGACAUAUUAAUUUAGCGAGAUUAAAAUCUUAGGGUAUUAAAAAAGGUAACAAAUAUAGAUAGUAUAGAAUUGUAUAAAACUCAAUCCAUAGACUACAGAGAUUUAUAUUUAAUAUUUAUUGGGGUUGUGUUACGUUACGUAAAGGCGUAACGUUAGUGCCUUUCCGACUGUCGAGUGAGACACGAACAUUAACAGUAGAGCACUCAAGUCACGUUCAGAAAGAUUUUUGGAUUAAAUUCUUCAGGUGCUCGCUAUUGGUUUUUGUAAUGCGACUUUAUCAAUGUAAAUCAGCAAAAUUCGAUGAUUUGCAGGGGUUAUUUUUCAAUGGUCAUCCUACAAGAACCAAAUGGCUUAAUAAAAAUGAGCAAUAAGAUCUGAACUCACGUUGUAUUAUUCAAAUAUCAAAAGAAAAACAAACAAAUGGCCAUAGAUAUUAUUUACGAACUAUACGUAUUUGAUGGUACGGAGAUGAUCGCUUGUCCGGGACUGUCUAUUUACUGUGUUUGUUGUGUUGGCAUAUCUACUCAAAACAUGGAUUUAAAUAAAUACAUACACAAAAUAUUCACAUAUGAAGUAUACAUACAUAUGACACAUAAUGGAUGUGCUUCUUUAGAAGUUUCUAUUACUAUCAGUCGCAGACAAGUGCGCCCAGGACCGGUUCUGAACCUAUUAGUCCUCAUCAACUGGAUGAACACUAAUAGGUCCGAAACCGGUCCUGGGAGCACUUGCUUGUAUCAUAGCGAAAAUCCUAUUUGUGCAUUUACGACUGAGUAAUGAGUUAAAAAAGUUUCAAAUCCAAGUAAAGUUGUUAUGCAUUAAAAACAAACGUAUCCCGGUUCGAGUAGAUAUGCAAUGCAACGGCAAAUAUUAACUUAGAAUGUUCGAGGAAUUGCUCAAAAUCCGAUGUUGUGUCUCUACAGCUUCCCUUUUAGAUGUACCAUAAGUAUUAGCAAUGAACUACUCAUAAGCUCAGAUAAGAUGUAUUUUAAUAACAAAACGGUACUAAGUAUUGUGUAUGACUUCACCUUAUUAUAACUAGUAAUGUCUUUCGUUCACAGUAUGGAUGCUAAAGAAUCAUGUUUUAUAAAGAAUGAAAACUAUGUAAGGAAAAUGGGCGUAUUUCAAAGAUAAAGAAAUUGGUAAAAGUAAAAGUAUUUGAAGUUGAUUAAAAGAUCCGUAUGUGCAAAAAAUUCCCAUAGGAUCUGAUUAGCAUUCACUAGACAUAUUAUAAGCAACAGUUUUGAUUGGUGAUUCAACGCAUAUAAACCCAAGAACUAGUUACAUGGUGUUAAAGAAUGAAUGUGGUUUCAGUGUAUCGUAUGUGCCAUAAACUGGACAAUAACCCGGACAAGCGAAAAGUUUCGUAAUUUUUUACUCAAAAGAAGGUGCCACCCUUCAAAAGGCUUGGUACCACUUUAACUCUGUGUUGUGAUCUUUUUAAAGUCUAUUACUAUGAAUCUAUAUCUACAUUAAUACUUAUUGAUUAAAAAUAUUUGUAUAUGUUAUUACUGUAUGUAUAUUAGAGUAUUUUAUAUAGAGGCCUACGUUAUCCGAAAGUAAGGAAUUCAUUGAACUCUCCAUUUCCCAAAAACAAAAUGACAAUCUACGUGAAACGUAAUCACCACAUUUUUAAUAUCGGUGUUUUCAAGGUACAGUCUUAGCGACUGUUACGCAUAUACAUAGGUUGUAAGCAGCUUAAUUAUGUAGGAUGCUAUUGCUGAAUGUUUCAUCAAUACGCGCGAACCCUGAAUUAUUCUAUUCUGUAAUUCUAUGAACAAUAACCCAUUUUUGGGGCAUGUUUUUAUAGAAUUACCAAGGCUUGUUUGCUAUGUACAAUGGGACAACUAAUGGGUUUCGGUUUUUAACUUAACACACUUUUGCAGAAAGGAAGUAAUGCUUCAGUCACUUGAAAAAAUGAUCAAUCCGUUGGCUGUCCAGUUUUUAAUGUUAAAUCGAUGUCGCUUGUCCUUUACUUAGGAGUAACGCAGGCCGCCAGACUGAGCCAAACGAUAGUAGUCUAGGUUAUCAGGUGCUCAGACCUAUCAAUUAAUUGUUGUUAAUCAAUGUACCUCUGAGAACUGACGGCCAUUUUGUUGUUCAUAUUUAUCUAUUGGUAGCACUCAAAACGAUUGUUGAUUGAUAUUAUUCGCACAGCCUCCAUAACGUAUGCAGGAUUGCCGGUAAGAGCAGCAGUGAAGCGCAGAUGAUACUAAUAUCAUUAAGCACUCCUUAACUUAUUAUUUACUGUUGAUAUUUAUAGUUAACCAGUCUAGAUUUACGCAGUUAUAAUCGUUAUUUUCUUGCAUUGAAAAGUACAAAUACUAGACAAUUAUCAAGUCGAGCAUUUUCGGUUCGAAUAUUUUUGAUUUUUUUAAUAAAACCCAAAUUUCGCCCACGCACAGAUUUAUUUUGCUUAACAAAAUUGUGACUUGUCUUUGUCUCAAUAUUUAAAUAAAGGAUUUUGUAUAGUCGCAAGUCAUAAAGGGAUAGGCACAUUAGUAUUAAUAAUAUAACGGCAAUAUUAGUUGAGAACACGGUAAUCCGCCAUGAAAUUGCACAAUUCUGUGAGCAAAAAUUAGAGAACAAGUUCUUGUAAACAAAGUGCAAAAUGUUAAUUUAAAAGUAGAAUGUGUUCAAAUACAUUCGAAAGCAUUCGAAUGCUUAUCCAAUCGUAACUCACAAUCUCAAAGUAACUCGAAAACGAUAACAGAUAUGGAAACAAUGCAAAACGUAAAAGUUUCCAAAUUUAAUGAAUAAUUCAAACAUUUGAGAGUAACAUGAUAGUGAUAGUAAACCUUGGAAAUAUACAUCCUCUAGAUUGUCGCAACCAUUUGGAUAAGGAUGCAUAAUGAACCUUCAAUUAAUUUCGUUCAAAAAAAUUGAAAUAAAUAUCUCAUAAGCUGUAGAUAAAAACAUUUAACAGUUUGCAUCUGGUAAACUAAAAUUUGGUAAACUGGCUUAUGUUUGCUCGUAGACUAUUCAAUAAAAACUGUGAAGCCUGAUUUUGGAUCACCCUGCAUAAUUCUUACAAGGAAAAAUAUGAAAUAUCAAUUUCAGAUUAAUAAUAAUAAUGACUUUGAAUAACAAUAAUUAGCAUUGAAAAUGAGUUGCUCUUACCCCAAUCUGCCUAAAACGCAAUCAAAUAUUAAGAGUUAAGUGAUAAAUUAUUGAUAGCAUAAAAGAUUGCUGAGAUUGAAAAUAAAUUCACACUUAAAGAUAUUAAUUUAGUUAAAUUCUAAUGAUCUUCGCAUCUCAACUUCUACAACUGAAUAAAAUUCACUUUUGAUACCAACGAGUAACGAAACAUUUAGGCAAAUCAGCUGUUAAAUAUAAAUUUAUACAUUAAAAAUGUUUUUUGUAUAUUAUGUAAGUAUGCAAUACCUCGGCUGCCAAAUGCAUCGCAAAUUAUAUUUUAUACUCCAAUUAAUGAUCAGUGCGUGCAAAUUCAAAUCACUUUAUUUGAAAGCGAUCGCUACUUUGAAGCUUAAUAUCAUAUCACUUCACCUAAAAGAGUUACUAGAAACAUUAAACGAACGUCCAAUCCCGUACAAUGAACAGAAUCUAUAAUAUGAAGAGACUACGAUAGGAUGGCUACAUUUAAAUAAAUAAAAUUUAAUAUAAGAUUCUCUAAUAUUAAAAACUAUCUAUUUGUACAUAAGAAUUUUUAACUUACUCAUUUAUACAAGCAUAAUCCCUAAAUUCAUAGUUUAGAUAAUACAGAUUGAAAGAUUUUUAAGUUUUUUAUAACGAGGUUUCUACACGGCCUAAGGAUCUAUUUAAUCGAAAAAUUAAACGAAACACCUGUAGAAUGUAUGUGAUAAGAGUUGUAUGUGUAUAUGUGAAAAUGUCCGUCAGAUUCUUUAGCUAAUUGUUUAAACUAUGGGUUAUUGUAUGUCACUUGGCACUAUAAUGUUUACCGUAUACGCACCAUUGCUUUCUUCUCAUUCGUCGCUUGAAGAAAUAUUUUUUUAACGAUUGAAAUAAUAUACUCCAAUAAAAAUUGGUCUGUGAUCGUAUUAUUUCAGAUAAAGUUUACUCAAUAACAGGCUGAAUUUUUCAAAUGCUUUUAAACGGCCUUUUCCUUGAUGCUCAAGGCUUUGAAAUAGAAGAAGCAUACCGAAUAAAAUGCACUAAUUCCAAGAGGUGUAAUUGGAAAAACACUGAUUUUCGAUUUGCCGGUAAAUCCGAAAAUAUUAAUCUUUCUGCACCUUUAGACUUCUUGGAUUUUUGCAUACGGCAAUAAAAUGUUGUUCCUCCGAUUAAUUGCUUAUCAAAUUCCCCCAUAGUAAAAUUUGUUGCUUACUAUUAUUCGAGCUUGACAAUUUGCUAUAGUAAUGUCAUCGUAAUUCUUCAAUAUCCAUAAAUGAGUUUUUACAUUACCCGUACCUCAAUAUACCUAGUAAAAUGUGUUUCCACUCAUUUCCUAAUACAUGUGCCAAAACCUCGAAACGUAGAGCUUAUAAUCGAUAGUGUCAUGUAACAUAUUGAUAGUAAUAUUCAUUGCUUUGUAUAUUUGUAUAUAAGCUAAUAUUAGUGUUCUUGUUAAACCGUUAAUAGAAUAUUAUUUAUUAAAUCAAUUAUUUAUAGCUUAAUUUCUUUAAAUUAAUGUUAGUUCGGCUUUGUUGACGCUAAUUUUAAGACCUUGCCAUACCGCUGCCAAAUCUUGAUGUUGCUAAGAGGAAACGGUAGUAAUAGAGUAAAGUGUUUUUAGUCAUAAACGAGGGCAUUUAUCCGAUAAAAGUUGUAAAAAUCAGAAAUAUUGCCUUAUAUUUUCAACAAACAACUGGCGCACGUCCCUAAAAAAACCAAUGUAAAAAUCAAUUUUUAAAAUUCACCAUAACAUGCACAUAUAACGCUCAAGUUUUCAAGUAAAAGGAGAAUUUAAUUGUAUCUAAAAAAACUCAAUUAAAGCUGGUGAAUUUUUCAGGUUUCUAAGACUAUCUUUCUUAAGACCAAGCCAUGCUUGCGAAACGUUUGGAAAAAAUUACCAAUUUCAAGGAAUCAGUUCUUGCAUAGAAAAACCAUCAGCUCCCUGCUUAAAACUUAUUCAACAAUAUACUUACAUAUAAAUUUUUGUUAAUAAAAAAAAACGAAGGUUUUGAUUACGUUUAUAGACCGGAGCAAAAGUGGACAUUUUUAAAAUAAUGUAAUAAAUACAAGCAUGCCUAUUUCUGAUUUUUACAUUGUCGUUCAUAAGCUCUUGCAAUUUCUGUUUUCUUCUCAGCCAUUUGACUAAAAAUGCCGUUUCCCGUCUGUACCUGACGUUCAAACAUUGUUUUAGUUUAGGUGAAAGACUACUGUUUUGUUCGUUAAAACCUACUUUCCUCAAGAACACCCUGUUAUUUAGUAAUUUAGGAAAUCUGUGUGGUUUACUUAGGAUACAUUUGUGGAUUAAAUGUCUCAAUAAGAAAAUGUGCUCAUUUUAUAUCAAAAGUAAUAUAUGUACUAAAAUCUUUCAAUAAAUGUCAAUAUGAAUGUA